UGGUUACAGAUUUCCCAGAAUUCCUCGCUUCGCUUCGAUCGUUUCAAACAUGGAGGAGCAAGAAAGAGAAAGUACCAAACCAGCCACUAUAGAGGCAAAGUCCGCUUCACGUUCUACCACAACACCGGCCUCGGAGCGAGAGGCGGAGGCGGACGACGACGACGCGCAGAAAUUAGAUUUCUGCUCGGAUAAGUUCGACCCUCUCUUGGCCCUGUACUCUCAAAACGUGUCGCUUCCCUUUCCAAACAUCAAAUGCUUUAACAACGUGUCCGAUUACGAGAGCUUUCUGAAGGGCGGCCGGGGCCGAGCCAAGCCGGAGAAUGUGGAGAGGCGGCGGCUGAAGGCUCUGAAAGGGGUCGCGGACCCGGAGCGCAUCGAGAGGCUGAAGCGGCUCAUGGUGAACAAUCCGGUACCGGAGGCAGAACAGGGGGAAGGCAGCGGCAGCGCGCCGCGGAGGAGGAGGCAGAAACCCCCCAAAAACGUCCUGACAAGAAUGCCCUUGUGUAAAGGCAGUCCUCUGGGUGAGCUGUUCCGUUGCGUGGAGGAGAGGAUAAGGGUCAAAGUUCACAUCAGGACCUUCAAAGGGCUCAGGGGAGUGUGCUCCGGCUUUGUCGUGGCUUUCGACAAAUUCUGGAACAUGGCAAUGGUGGAUGUAGAUGAGACUUACAGGGAGCCGUUGCUUGGAGAAGCGCUGAACCAUGAGAAGACACUCUCCAUUACAAGGCUCUUUGAGAAGUUAAAGCUGCAGGAAACCUCACUAGAUGAUAAAUCAGGAAAGAACCAAACCCCCAAAGCUGCAGAUAAAAGUGGUGGCUCGCGCACUGCAAGCAGCAGCAGAGCCGCUAGGACGGAGUCCACGCCGUCGGAAGCGCCCACAUCCAAACAGAAGAAAGAGCCCAAGAUGUACGGCAAGGUCCGUACACGCCAUGUCAACCAGCUGUUCAUCCGGGGUGAGAACAUUAUUCUGGUGAACCCACAGCCGCUCUGAGUUUUGUCCUAUGUUUGAUAUUUAUGCAAAAAUAGCAGCUGCUUUCCAUAAAUGUCCCAAUAAUAGUAAGUAGUAUUUUUAACACACAUCUGUAAUAAUGUGUGAAGUGCUGCAGAUGGAAUGUCAGUGGAAUUUUGACUUAAUUUGAUUCAGAAGAAUCAAACUGUUAUAUCAUAUUGAUAUGGAUGUUUUUCUGUGGCCAACAGA